AUGAAAAUACUCAUUGUUGGUGCGAGUGGAAUGAUUGGGAACGAAGUUCUCAUUCAGUGUCUCGCUCAUCCAAGAAUAUCGAGCGUCGUCGCGUUUGUGCGUCGAGAACUUUCAGCUCAAGUAUCUGGCCACCCGAAGCUUGAGUCUGUUUUUAUCAAAGAUUUCUCAGCCUGGCCGGAAGAUGUACUACAAGCACACGCAGACGCCGCUGCUAUGAUUUGGAAUAUGGGAUCCUACAAUGGCAGCGUUGCGGUCGAUUUGGAGUAUCCCAUUGCCUUUCAAGAAAGUAUGGCGCGAGUGUUGGAAACGAAAGACAUCACAUCGCGAUUCAGAUACGUCAUUUUGGGCGGCAAAUUCGUACGCCAAAACCAAGAGCAAAAGUUGUGGUUCCUAGACAAACCACGCAAGAUCAAGGGUUUGCUUGAAACAAGAGCACUUUCAUUUGCAGAGAAACAUGCAAGUAUGUGGGAGGCUUUCAUCGUUAAGCCAGGAGGAGUUGUACCGAAGAAAGUGAUGGGUAGUGGCGUGCUUGGCGUGUUUACUGCGAUGGGGGCGGUGAUGGGCGAAAAUUGGUCCAUCCGAAUUGAUGAACUCGGUGCGUUCAUGACGUAUCUUGCUAUCGAUGGCAAGGGAGAGGACUCUAUCACUGAAAAUGCGCACAUCGUGAGAAAAGGACGGGAGCUUUUGAAAUCCCAAAACGGUGGAUCUGAGUCCUAG